AUGUUGCAGAUAAAUCUUUGGGUAGUUGUAGUAUUGAUUCUUGGACUUGUUAGAGGUAACUUGCACACUGUGGAGGGAAAGCCACGCCGGAUUCUUUUGGAUACAGAUGUCGAUACUGAUGAUUUCUUUGCUCUUUUGUUUCAGUAUGCUCCAAGAAAUAUCUAUGUUCAUAAAUACUUGAUAACGUUGGCAGUCACUAUCAGCACAAAUGCAUGGACUGAUGCAGGGCAUGCCGUGAGCCAAAUCUAUGACAUGCUUUACAUGAUGGGUCGCGACGAUGUAUCUGUUGGAAUGGGAGGUGAAGGUGGAAUAACAGAAGAUGGUCGGUCACAUACUUCCAGUUCGACUAGCUGGAACGUAGCGAAGGUUCAGUUUGCUCUUCCAGAGAAGGAAGCUGAAUUUUGA